AUGCGAUCCAUCCUCUUCGCCGCCACUGCAUUUACUGCCGUCCUCGCCGCUCCUCUAGACGAGAAGCGUGCUACUGGUCCAUCAGCGGUUGUCAGAAACGGAACAGUUGUCGGAAGCACCUUAGGCAAUGUCGACUCUUUCAAGGGCAUCCCAUUCGCUCUCCCUCCUACCGGUAGCCUUCGCCUAAAGCCUCCUCAGUCUGUGACCGCGACCUACCCAUCAGGAACAUUUGCAGCUACUGGCGAGCCGAAAGCAUGCCCUCAGUUUGCUAGCCAGGUCGACAGCUCUGACAUCCCAGCCGAUGUUCUUGGAGAGCUUCUCAUGUCUCCCAUUGUGCAGGCAGCUUCUAACUCUGGAGAGGACUGCUUGACCCUCAACGUUCAACGCCCUGCUGGUACCACAUCGUCUUCGAAGCUGCCUGUAGUGUUCUGGAUCUUUGGUGGUGGAUUCGAGCUGGGAUCUACUCAGAUGUACGAUGGUACCCCUCUGGUCGCUGAAUCUGCCGCUUUGGGACAUGGUGUCAUCUACGUGGCAGUCAACUACCGCGUAGGAGGAUUUGGCUGGCUUGCUGGCAAGGAGCUCCAAGCAGAUGGUUCCACUAACCUUGGCUUGAGAGAUCAAAGAAAGGGCCUCGAGUGGGUUGCCGAGAACAUUGCGGCCUUUGGAGGUGACCCGGACAAGGUUACUAUCUGGGGAGAAUCAGCUGGUGCCAUUUCGGUUUAUGAUCAAAUGAUCAUCAACGGUGGAGAUCACCAAUACAACGGCAAACCCUUAUUCAGAGGCGCCAUCAUGAACUCUGGAUCUAUUGUUCCUGCUGUGGACGUUGCUCAUCCCAAGGCACAAGCUGUGUAUGAUGUUGUAGUCAACGCAGCUGGCUGUGGUGGUAGCAGUGACACGCUUGAAUGUCUGAGGAGUGUAGACUACGACACCUUCAUGAGAGCUGCCGAUUCUGUACCCGGACUUUUCAGUUACCAGUCUAUCGCGUUGGCAUACCUUCCUCGUCCAGAUCCUGCAAGCUCCUUCUUCCCAGUUUCUCCCGAAGUCGCAAACCAGAAUGGAAACUACGCCAAAGUACCAAUCAUCUCUGGAGACCAGGAGGAUGAAGGCCCGUUGUUCAGCUUAGUACAGAGCAACAUCACGACCAGUCAACAAUUGCUCGACUACGUUGCCAGCGCCUUCCCCGACACACCAAAGUCUGUUGUAGCUACAGCCGUUGCUACUUAUCCAGAAGACCCAGCUGCAGGAUCGCCAUUCAGGACUGGACUUUUGAACAACAUCUACCCUCAGUACAAGCGUCUGGCCGCCCUCUUCGGAGAUGCUGUGUUCAACCUGCGUCGUCGUCAGCUUCUGUACACCGUGUCCUCCACUGUUCCCGCAUGGAGCUAUCUUGACAGCCAUUUGUACGGCACAGCAGUAUUGGGAACUUUCCACGGCAGUGAUCUCUUGAGCAUCUUCUUCGGUGUGGCUGGCGGUACUUCCCAGAAGACCUACCUCGACUACUACACUUCGUUCAUCAACUUCCUUGACCCGAAUGCCAUUGGUACCGGGCUUCCUAACAUUUACUGGCCUCAGUACAACACCACCAAGCCUACACUGUUGCAGUUACAGCAGGUUGGCAACAACCUUCUUCCCGACACAUACCGCAGUGCAAGUUUCCAGGCUUUGACAGCGGCCUAUGGCCAGUUCCGUACCUAG